AUGACGAUUGGAAAUCUUGCACCAAAGAAGGAAAAGAAGUCAAGAAAGAGCAAAGGAGUUAUUGAUGAGAAUGCCCCCUUGUUGCCCAAAGGGCAAGAGGAUGUUGUGUUUGAUGAGUUUAAUGGAGCUUCCUUUACUGGAGCAGUGUUCAAUUUAUCAACCACAAUUGUUGGUGCCGGGAUCAUGGCUUUGCCUGCAACCAUGAAAGUGUUGGGCCUUGUCCUUGGAAUUUCCAUGAUCAUCUUUAUGGCCUUCUUGACCGAAGCUUCAAUUGAAUUGAUACUUAGGUUCAGCCGAGCCGGGAAGUCUGCUUCUUAUGGAGGUCUUAUGGGGGAGGCCUUUGGAAAAUAUGGGAAGGUUUUGUUGCAGAUAUCUGUUCUAGUCAACAACCUUGGCGUGCUCAUUGUCUACAUGAUUAUUAUUGGUGAUGUGCUUUCUGGAACAUCUUCAAGUGGUGUUCACCAUGCUGGUGUACUUGAAGGAUGGUUUGGAGAACACUGGUGGACUGGGCGUGCCAUUAUUCUUCUUGUCACCACACUUGGCAUAUUUGCUCCAUUGUCAUGCUUUAAGCGAAUCGAUUCAUUGAGCUUCACGUCUGCCUUAUCAGUUGCACUAGCAGUUGUAUUUCUUGUUAUUACUGUUGGAAUUACGGUCUUCAAGUUGUUCAAUGGAAGCAUUGCGAUGCCCAGAUUGUUACCUGAUGUUACCGACGUUUCAUCAUUCUUCAAACUCUUCACUGUAGUCCCUGUUCUUGUCACUGCAUACAUUUGUCACUACAAUGUGCACAGUAUCCACAAUGAACUUGAAGACUCGACGCAGAUAAGAGGGGUUGUGCAAACCUCACUUGCUUUAUGCUCAUCUGUUUACAUAAUGACAAGCCUUUUUGGGUUCCUCCUAUUUGGGGACGGAACUCUUGACGAUGUGCUUGCCAACUUUGACACCAACCUUGGCUUACCUUACAGUUCCGUUCUCAAUGAUGCUGUUCGUGUCAGCUAUGCUGCUCACCUUAUGCUUGUGUUUCCCAUCGUCUUCUUCCCAUUGCGGCUCAACUUGGAUGGCCUCCUCUUUCCCUCUGCAAGGCCGUUGGUUCUGGAUAAUAUGAGAUUUGCACUGGUCACCAUUGGGCUCAUAAGUGUCAUCUUCUUGGGUGCAAACUUUAUCCCCAGCAUCUGGGAUGCUUUCCAGUUCACUGGAGCAACUGCUGCAGUUUGCCUUGGGUUCAUUUUUCCUGCUGCAAUUACUCUCAAGGAUCGACACAACAUAGCCACUAAGAAGGACAAGAUCUUGAGUGUUUUUAUGAUUGUACUAGCUGUGUUCUCAAACGUGGUGGCCAUAUAUAGUGAUGCCUAUGCCUUGUUCAAGAAUUCAUCACGGCGUGAAUGA